AUGGCAGUCGAUGAGAAUAUGGGAUUCCUUCAAAAGGAUAUUUUGGAUGAGGUUUUGACUGAAAUUGAUCAUAGUCUUUGGUAUUUGAAUCACGACGAUGGUUUGCAAGAAAAAAGUUUAAGAUAUAAUAAUAUUGUCAUGGUUGAUUCCCAUGAAGCGUUUCGGAUUAUUUUGCAUCAACUUCAAAUUGCACAUAUUUACGACUCCACUGGCCACUACGUAAUAGUUCUGCAUAGCAAAGUUGGAAAUGAUUCUGUGACUAUUGAGAAAAUCCUUGCCGAUUGCGCUAGAGUGGCCAUAACGAAUGUGAACAUCCUGAUUGAAUCCAUGUGGUCUACCAUUGAUUUCUACACCUACUAUCCGUACACCCGUCUUCACUGUAACAACACCGCUCCGAUAUUAAUUAACAGCUUCGUAAAUGGCUCUAUGGUUUUGGAUAUCGAUCUAUUCCCCAAAAAGAUCACCAACUUACACAAAUGCCCAUUGAGGGUGAUAACGUGGGUAAACCCGCCUUUCAUUUUCAUGGAAUACCGAAGUGACGGCUCUCUGCGAUUCUAUGGCAGUGAAGGAGGUAUCUUGGAUCAAUUGUCGGUAAAGUUUAACUUUACUAUCAGACAUAUACCGGCUCCAGCGGAAAACCCACGGGGGUUCAUUUUCGAUAAUGGCAGUAUGACUGGAACUUUCGAGAUGCUGAAAAAUGGAGUAGCGGAUCUAACUUUAGGAUGUUUCCGAUAUUCAGAGCAGAGAGUGAGGCAUUUCGCAUCAACUUAUUCCUACUACCAAGUACCGAUAGUUGUUGCUAUACCACAAGGAAUAAGCUACACAGCUUUGGAACGUCUUUUUUACCCAUUCAGCGACGCCGUUUGGUUUUGGAUUUUAGUUGUUUUUCUCAUAGCUGCUUUCCUCAUAGUCGUUUUGCGAUAUUUUGCGAAACGUCCCGUCGAAUCCUUCAUCAUAGGAUCAAAUAAUAGAACCCCUAUAUACAACAUGCUGAUAAGUGCGCUCGGUGGACAAGUGAAUCAUCCACCGAAUCGCACUUUCGCCCGGUUCAUCCUGCUAAAAUGGUUGAUUUUGACUUUGGUACUUCGUGGUACUUACCAGGGUAUUCUGUACGAUUUCAUUCGGUCGAACACUGAAAAGAAGUUGCCGAGUACAUUUGCAGAGCUGGCCGAUGCUGGUUAUACAAUUCACACCGAUCCUCCUACUGAGGAUAUCGCGUUUGCUAACAAGGACCUCAAAAGGAUUUACACAGUAUCUGUGGAGUCUCAACAUGCAUACCUAUUAAGACUACAAAAGGGUUUGCCAAAAGCGGGUAUUUUGUUGCCGCGUGACUAUGUGGCCUAUUUCAAUAGCGUUCACUACAAAGGUGGCCCAUUACAUAUCUUGAAGGAGAGGGUGCUGGUCCAACCCAAUUGCAUUUAUUUUCAGAAACACUCAUUCCUAGCGAAACCUAUGAACGAUAUCGUUUUGAUGUUUUCAACCGGGGGUUUGCUGGGCAAGUGGUACAAUGACUUCACUGAGAUCAAAUAUUCACUUCAUGGAUCUCGACCCUCCGCAAGCCAGUUCAGUAAUGAGCAACUAUCCGGGGCAUACGAGAUAUUUGGAGCACUGAUUGGAGUUUCUUGUUUGAUUUUUGUGCUGGAGUUAUUAUCGAGAUAUUGUGAGCGGCUCAAGACUGUUUUUGAUGUUCUGGCAAAAUAA